AUGGGCUUCUUUCAGAUGAAAAAGGCCCUAGUGAGCCUGAUAAUAGUUCAUCCCAUCCUGAUUGCCAGCUUGCCUUUGCCUGAACCUACGCCACCAGAUAUUCCCUCUGCUUCAACCGCCAAGAGUGAGCUGGCGUCGCUCACAGUUGCAGCCCAGGGUUCACAGGAUGGGUAUUCUCGUGACAAGUUCCCACACUGGAUUACGCAGAAUGGGAGCUGUGAUACGCGUGAUGUUGUCCUCAAGCGCGAUGGAACCAACGUAGUACAAAGCUCUAGCGGUUGCACCACGACCAGUGGCACAUGGGUCUCCCCGUAUGAUGGAGCGACGUGGACUCAAUCGAGCGAUGUGGACAUUGACCAUCUUGUUCCGCUCUCAAAUGCGUGGAAGUCCGGUGCCUCCGAGUGGACAACCGCUCAACGGCAGUCUUUCGCCAAUGAUCUCACACAUCCGCAGUUACUGGCUGUGACUGACAAUGUUAACGAAUCAAAGGGUGACAAGGGGCCUGAGGAAUGGAAGCCGCCGCUGGAAUCAUAUUAUUGCACCUACGCGGAGAUGUGGGUCCAAGUCAAGACCUACUAUAAACUGACCAUUACUUCGGACGAAAAGGCCGCCCUUUCUGAGAUGCUAGAUACUUGUUAA